AUGGCUGCCCCACGCGAGCAAGCAACCUACACCUUUGGCCACCACGCCAGCGUCAUCAACAGCCACGCCCGGCGCACCGCCCAAGACAGCGCCGCCUUCCUCCUCCCACACAUCCAGCCCAACCACACCAUCCUCGACGUCGGCUGCGGGCCGGGCACCAUCACCACCGACCUGGCCCAGCUCGUGCCGCAGGGCCGCGUCACGGGCGUCGACUUUGCCGAGAGCGUCCUGGACAGCGCGCGGGCGCACGCGCGCGGGCGGGGCGUGACGGACAACCUGGUCUUUGAGGCCGUGGACGCGAACGCGCUGCCGUAUGCGGACGGCUCGUUCGACGUGGUGUUUUGCCACCAGGUCCUGCAGCACGUCAAGGACCCCGUGGGGAUCCUGCGCGAGAUGCGGCGCGUGGCCAGGCCCGGCGGCGUGGUGGCGGCGCGGGAGGCGGAUUAUAAGAGCUUUGCUUGGUAUCCCGAGCCGGCUGGCCUGGAUCGCUGGCAGGCUGUCUAUCGGCAGGUUGCGAGGGCGUGUGGGGGCCAGCCUGAUGCUGGGCGGUAUGUUCUGCAGUGGGCGAAAGAAGCUGGGUUUCAGCGGGACCAUCUUGUACACACGUGGAGCUCCUGGCACUACACGGGCGAGGCGGCAGAGAAGUUUGGAGAGAGCUGGGUGGGCCGGGCGUUGCAUUCAGAUUUCGCAAAACAGUUUCUCAAGUUCGAGACGGGUUCGCAGGCAGACUUGGAGGAUAUCAGCGCCACGUGGGGGAAGUGGUCUGCCGAGGAGGAUAGGUUCAUCGUGAUCCCUAAUGGGGAGAUUUUGUACAAGGUCCCGGAGAGCUCAACUUGA